AUGGAGAUGAGAUACAAUAAUGAAGUGAAGCAUAGGAAGGAAAAAGAAGAAGCACUUGCUAGAGAAAAGGAAGAAGUAGAGAAACUGAAGCUUCAAGUGGUAAAUCUCAAAAUCAAACAUGAGAAUAUGUGUAUUAAGGCUGAUGAGUUGGAGAGCAACAAUGCGAGUAUAGUGAGCGACAAUGCUCUUAAACUAGUCCAUGAGGUCACAAAAAAGUAUGAGGAUAUGUGUAUCAAGGCUAAGGAGUUCGAGAACAAGUACAAGAACAAGCGGAUCCUCACGGAAGCUCUUACUAAAGAAAAUGAAGAGCUCGAGAAAGCCAAAGGUCUAAUAAUUGAAUCUUAUAAAAUAAAUGCGAGUGUGAUGGAAAAAGAGAGGGACAACGCUCUCAAGCUAGUCGAUGAGAUCACAACAACAAAGAAAAUAGAAUCGUUUAUUUGCCCUAUCUCACAGGAGGUUAUGAAAGAUCCACAAUUGACAGCUGAUGGAUAUACAUACGAAGCAGAAGCUAUUGCGAGAUGGUUUAACACAGGUCACAAUACAUCACCAAUGACAAAUCUCAAGCUUUCUCACACCAAUCUUGUCCCCAACCGCGCUCUUGGGUCUGCGAUUCAGGAGUUGGUUUGA